AUGCCUCCAAUACUAAGUCAAGCCCAUAAUAUUUAUCUAUUAACGAUUGGUGCCGUUAGUCUGUAUUUUGUUAUUAAGUAUUACAGAAAAAAACGAUUUGAACGUGAAGAAAGGACAAACGGUUACUUACAAUGUCAAUCCCUUGAUGAUUUUGAACUACUGGCUAAAACGUUGUUACCAUCACAUCGUUUUAAUUAUUAUAAAUAUCAAGCUGGUUAUGGUUGUACAUAUCAGGCUUGUCGAGAAUAUUUUAAUCGACAUUUGAGAAUUAUACCAAAAGUGUUAACCGAUGUCAGUCAAAUAUCAUUACAAACAACAAUAUUCGGUCAUGUAUAUGAUAAUCCAAUAAUGAUAGCACCAACAGCAUUUCAUCGUCUAGCACAUGACGAUGGAGAAUUAGGUACGGCACAAGGUGCAACAAAUGCCAAAUCAAUUUAUAUUUAUAACUGGACAUUAUCGACUGUGGCAAUCGACAACGUACUGAAAACAACAGGUGAGAGUAUAGGGUCGAAAAGUAUUUAUUUAUUUGAAUGA